AUUCUCACAUUCUUUUAAUGUUAAACCUAUCGACAGGUAUACACUCCUUUUAUUUCCUUCUUGUUUUAAUCCUUACUCCUUGCUACGACUUCUCAUAACCUCACCAAUUAUCCUGGCCUUUCGCGAUUGUUUCAUUGAUAUGACGUCGGCCGAGCAUGUGAUGGAAGGUGGUUGAUCGAGACACCCCUAAGACGUUCUCUAAUAUCUAUCUACCCAAGCCGAACAAAUAAUGGCUACUGAUGUCGCCAAGGGAAUUGACUUGGUUGACAAUACAAAAUCACAACAACCUUCUGAACAGGACCUAAGCCGCUCAGAGACUCGCUCGUCCUAUUUCCAACUGAAGCAAAAACUGACCAGGGACUCUGUCAGAAAUGAAUUGCAGAAAAGGAAAUACGCCAAGUGGCAACGCGAAAGACUUGGUGCCCCGGAUCCAGAGUCUAGGAGUCAAAGUCUAUCGCGCACAACCACCAAAAACACUACACCAGGUACCCCAAUGCCUAGCAAGGGCUUUGAUAAUGUGGACAUACUUAAUAUUGCCCCCGUGCAAACCGAAGCUACGAAUAUUCUAAAAACGGAGGAAAAUCCGGAAGCCAGCUCAGAGCUUGAAGUGCUCUAUGAAAAUCAACGAGGAUGGUUUCUUUUCGGGAUACCAUUCUAUUCGUCUCGCUCCCUUCUUCAAUUUGAUCCUCCAGCAUGGGUGGAUAAGGAAUAUCGCGUUAGUCCCGUCAACAUUACAAAUACGCAAGUUCCUGAUCCGAGCUGGGAAUGGGCUUGGCCGACGUGGUAUGUGGAUAUGUCCGACGACGUUGACGAGGAAGGGUGGCAGUAUUCGUUCUCCUUUAUACCGAAAUCUGGUUGGCAUGGGACUCAUCCUUGGUUUCACUCGUAUGUGCGCAGAAGGCGCUGGGUGAGAUUACGGGUUAAGAAGAAGUACGCGAGACUGAAGAAUGGAGUGGACCAGACGGACUUUCGCAUGGCUCAUAUGUUAAAUGAGGAUUACUUCACUAUUCAUUCUCAAAAUCUGAACAGCGUGGACCCGAGCAUUGCGCCUCCAACGGCGGCAGAUGUCCCUUCGUCGUCAUUUUCUAGACAGUGGGUAGGCGAUUCACCGGAAAGGCAUGUGGAGGAUAGUAUUGAAAAUAUACCGGCACUUCUCGAAGCUAUGAAAAAUGCCAUUGUGGACCGCAAGAAGAUCGAAGCGCUUCGGAAGUUUUUGGCUCAGGGUGGAGAAGAGCUUUAUUAUCUCCCUGACAAGGUUCCUGAAAUGUUGAGCUUGUUCGUAUUCCAAACAUCGCGCUGGCAGUUUCUAAAACUCUUGCAUGAUGCAUUAGACGACGCAAAUAGUCUUGAAACAGAUUCAAACGCAGGUAAAAAGGAAAUUGAUGCGCAAGACCGAAGACGCAAUAAUAUUUUAAGAACGAUUGAUGCCGUCAAGAAAGAGGUUUCUGAUAUCGGCGUUUUCGAUAUUUCGAAAGAGAAUCUCGAAAGUCUCUACGACUCCGAACUGCACGAAGCACAUAGAUCCUCGCGUGGAAAGGGUAAGGAAAGGUCAUGGAAUGAGAUCAAAGGCAUCCCUAAAGCAGCCGGCAUUGGUAAAGAGGGCCAUAUCUAUUGAUCAUGGCAUUCAUCAUUAUGCUAAUCAGUUUGAUUCGCCUUGUAUGGCAUCAAGCAUAUCGUUAGCGUUACACGGCGAGGGAUACUUUGCUAAUUUUUAAUAUGUAAUAUAUUGUAAUCACUCUCCGC